GACGGUGAACGGUUCAUCCUUUUUUGGGGGUGUUGUUUUUCCCGUCUCAAGUCUUUCUCAUUCCCCUUAGGUAUCAACAACGCCCAAAAAAAAAAGAUGGUCGGGCUCAAAAACGUCGCCCUCUUCGCGGCGUCGAUUAUCCUCCCCGCAUCAAUUACAUGGGCCGCUCCCAUCAUCGAAGUCGAGACGAAGCCGAUUCCCGAAAAGUACAUUGUGCUGCUCAAACCACAUGCCGAUCUCGAAGGUCACCUCAGCUGGGCAAAGGAUGUGCACGCCAGGAGUCUGUCGCGCCGAGACACGGCCGGUGUGCACAAGGCGUGGAGUGUAGGAAGCAAGUUCAAGGCGUAUGCGGGUGAAUUCGAUGAGGAGACUUUGAAGAUCAUUCAACGGGAUGAGAGGAAUGUCCAUUCUAUCGAACCCGACAAAAGCUGGCGCCUUUACAAGAGCAACAAAAAAGACAACGACGACUCCAACUCUGACAACACCACCAUCAUCACCCAAAAGCAAGCGCCCUGGGGUCUGGGCUACCUCUCCCACAAGGGCAAGACUUCCUCCGAUUAUGUGUACAACUCCACCGCCGGCACUGGCACCUACGCCUACGUGGUCGACACGGGAUGCUGGAAAGACCACGUCGACUUCGAGGGCCGCGUGCAUCUCGGCUACAACGCCUACCCCGACUCGCCCUUCAUAGACAUGGAUGGCCACGGCACGCACGUAACAGGUACUCUGAUUUCAAAGACUUACGGAGUGGCCAAGAAUGCGACGGUGAUAUGCGUCAAGGUGUUUCACGGCGGAGGUUCCGCCAACACAAUCGUAAUGGACGGCUUCGAAUGGGCCGUCAAAGACAUUAUCGCCAAAAAGCGCCAACGCAACUCCGUCAUCAACAUGUCGCUGGGAUGCGACCGGUCCGAAGCCUUCAACGCCAUCGUCGACGCCGCCUACGACCAAGGCAUUCUUACAGUCGUAGCAGCCGGCAACGAGAACCAGCCCGCCGCGCUGGUCUCUCCUGCUUCUUCGGCCCGUGCCUUCAGCGUGGGCGCCAUCGACAACAAGAACACGCGUGCGUAUUUCUCCAACUAUGGUGCCAUUGUGGACAUCUUUGCGCCUGGAGUAAAUAUCGUGUCCACUUAUAUCGGCAAAAAGGAUGGGGAUAAUAAUCGGACCAUGACCAUGAGCGGGACCAGCAUGGCGAGUCCCCAUGUCGCGGGCUUGGCGCUGUAUUUGAAGAGUCUGGAUCCGGAGAAGUAUGGGAAUAGCUCGGAUGCGCACAGUGGGUUGAAGGCGUUGGGGGUUCCGGACAAGGUGUGGGAUGCGGGUGAGAUGAGUCCGAAUUUGGUGGCUUAUAAUGGGGUCCAAGGGUAAGAGGGAAGGUGUCAAUGAGGAGCCAUGAGAGAGCGAUGAGGAUGCGAUUGGAGAUGAUGAUGGCUAUGGGAAGUACGGUAGUUUUGCGUUGCAUAGCAUCGGCGUUUGGGGCUUGAAUUUUGUCUUGCAAAGAGGCCUCUGUUCUAUGUUAUCGAGUUUUGAUGAGGUUACAUCCUUUUUCUGGAUAAGAAUUAGGGAUACAGUCCGAUGCUGGUUUAUUUGUGAGCUUGGUACACUAGGCACUCCUGGUAGUACAAUAUACAUAGUGCACUUGAGGAAAUCUAUUUCGAAGAGUCCCAAAGCCUACACGGACAAAUUAAAAGGCAUUAAC